AAUGUCUGACGUCUUUUCUUUCAGGAUGACUUUCUGUACAGUGUCUCCGUUUUAAGUGGCAUCCUCUGCACUGUUUUGGCAGUAAUCAAGUUUAUGCUGGGCAAGGUCCUUACAAGCAGAGCGCUGAUAACUGAUGGCUUCAACUCUCUUGUAGGUGGAAUAAUGGGAUUUUCCAUCCUUCUUAGUGCAGAAGUCUUUAAACACAAUUCUUCUGUCUGGUAUCUGGAUGGCAGUAUAGGAGUUUUAAUUGGACUUACAAUAUUUGCCUAUGGAAUCAAGUUGCUUAUUGAUAUGGUGCCCCGUGUACGGCAAACGCGCCACUACGAAAUGUUUGAGUGAAGAUCACAACCUCUUUGUAAGGACUCUAAAACUGCAGCAGUUUGGGCAAGUGGUGCCAAUGGUAUUUUAUUAAAUAUGCCGUUUGUUUCCCGUGGUC